UGCGCAUGCACACCUCCAGACUCAUCAUGGUUUAGAGGUAAUCUUCUCCCUUGUCAUUCGAUCCUCUGCUCUCAUUUCUCUUCUAUACAUCCUACUCGCACUGGUUGGCACACUCGUGCUCAGCGUCGUCGACGCCCUGUCUUGCACAAUGGCCCGCGAGGACGAAGACGCAAGCAAUAGUCCGGACACACCAUCUGCUUCGAAUAAGCGUAAAGCCGACGACUCCGCGCAACCUCAGACCCGGGCGAAGCGCAACAGAUACAUAUCCAUCGCCUGCAAUGAGUGCAAGAGAAGGAAGAUCAAGUGCAAUGGCGAGACGCCGUGUCAGCGAUGCGGUCGCCUCUCGCUCGAAUGCCUGUAUGCGCCAAACUGCUGCAAUAAUUUCAAAGAUACAGACGAUUUUAAGCAGAUGAACAGUCAACUCUUGAAUCUGCAAGAACAGGUCGACCUACUCUACCAGAACCUCUCCAGUCUCCAUUCGCAGAUCGACCCCGGCGGAGCAAUUCCCCUCGAACCCUUCCCAGGCGGCGGCAAACAAUAUGUGCGGUCCUCGGGGUCUGCACCCGCCCACACCCCCGGACUACCUCCUAUUUCUCCUGUACGCAGUCGGUCGCAGAUGGCGAGGCUUCCGCGGUUCCAUGGUCCUACAAGCGCAACUUUCAAUAUCGGGGUUGCGAAAUCGAGUCUGCAAACUAUGGGCAUUACGUCUCAAGACGACGGCCUAGACGACGCGCUGGCGACGCUCAACGGCACACCGGCUGCCAGUCCACCGCACAUGAUGCAUCAACAGGGCGUCCUGCAAAAAGUCUUGCAUCAUUCCAAAGACCCCGUAUGGGGCGUCGAGAAGGAGGAGGCGAUUCGGCUGUGUCGCGUGUGGCACGAAGAGAUGGGCAUCAUGUAUCCCUUCAUGGACAUCGAGCAGGUGGUCCAGCAUGCGCGGCUACUUUACACGUUCAUUGAGGCUGCGAACCGGAGUGGAGUCGUGCAGCUUGCUGCUCCCGGUGCAGACGCGAUUCAUGAUGAUCAGACGAAUCUGUUGAAGGUCAUAUUGUCGAUUGCGCUAGUUCUGGAGGGAACCGGACGGAGUGAGCUGGGGAAGAAGAUGUUUGAGAAUAUUUCGCCUGUGGUUGAUGCGCAACUUAUGGGGCCGGUGGAUAUGAAGGGGAUCCAGAUGCUGGCGCUUGCGGCUAUGUAUCAUUUCCAUCGCGAUGAUGAGGGGCUUGCCUGGCGUGUUGUGGGACUAGCUGCAAGGCUGUGUAUGGAGCUGGGUCUGCAUAGGAGAGAGACGUAUGAGACUCUCUUCAAGACGCCGGAGGAAAAAGAUGAAGGUGUGCGCUUAUUUUGGUCUAUAUAUGUGCUGGACCGUAGGUGGAGCUUUGGUACUGGCAUGCCAUUCGCGUUGCAGGAUGCAGACAUAGAUCCCCUGCUUCCCAGACCUGAUGACUCGACGCCGUAUCUGACCGCCAUGGUGACCUACAGCCAGAUUGGCUCAAAGGUCUGGAAGUCGGUUGCCAAUGUCGACAGCACGAGCAAUGUCAACAAGGAAGAUAUCGGGUAUCUCGACUACCAGAUCUUAGAGUGGUUGCGAUCGAUACCGCCAUCGCUCAAGUUCACUCAUCCCAGAAGCAAUGCGACCCCUGAGGCAUGCAGCAGGGGCACCCAUCGCCUAAAGGUCGCCCUGUAUCUUCGCGCCAACCAGAUGCGCAUACUUAUAUACAGGCCAGUCCUCCACACGGCCACCAGUAUCAUGGAGAACAUCGACUCGGCCAACCGCGUUGUUGCCAUCGCGAAAGACACAAUCGAUGUCCUCGCUCACACCAACCAGACAUCCGACCUCUACCGUACCCAGCAGAUGAUGUUCAACUACUUCCUCAUAUCCGCCCUGGCAGUCCUCUUCCUGGCAGUCUCCCACGCGCCGGCCAGGUACAGCGACUACUGUCGGCAGGAAUUCUACGCAGCACUCGACCUCGUGCGCGGCCUGUCUGCCAACUCACACGUGUCGAAGCGACUCUGGAAAACGAUAAAGGUCCUGAAAGAAGUCGCGCCCAAGCUCGGGCUGAAUGUGAGAAACCCGGAGGCGGAUGCCCACUCGUCUGCCGCGGUUGCUAUGGCGGGACUAGCAGGCCAUCAGGUUAAUGAGCUUGCCUUGUUUUCUAAUGGGGUCGGGCAAGGGCCGAUGAGCUAUAGUCCGAAUGGAAUGGCGAAUGAUCUCACUAAUCUGUUUGAAGCAGCAGGGCAGUAUGGGAACGGCGUGAUGAACAAUAGGGGGGCCUAUGUACUGGGCCGGCCGGAGGAAGACGGCGGAUUUGGGCAGGAAGAUGAGCUUGCGAGGAUUAUGAGAGAUCUAUUCUGAAUGAACGAAAUGAACAUGACCAGACGAUUGACCGGCACAGCUUAUAGAAAGGAGCAUUCUUGGCUGUCGAC